CUUGCAACAACUACUAUGAUUGUCCUCGCCCUUAUUCUCUCCAUUGCAAACCUGACAUCUCCUUCGCCUCUUGCAGCAGUGCAAGAGCCGAAUCCCAUUGUCAGUCUUGACUAUGCAGCCUACCAAGGAGCUGCUCUCGAUACCGGCGUCACACAGUACCUUGGUAUGAGAUUCGGAGCACCACCUGUUGGGAAUCUCCGAUGGCGCGCACCUAAAGAUUCAGCCACUGUUCCUGGUGUUCAAGACGCCACUCAGACCAUCAAUGCGAAUCGUACAGAAGAUUGCCUGUUCAUGAAUGUCUAUACACCCAACAAUGCUACUCGAUCAUCUAAGCUACCAGUAUGGGUAUACAUACAGGGCGGAGGCUAUGCCACAAACUUAAACGGCAACUAUAAUGGAACCGAUGUGAUCAGAACCUCUGGUGGCAAUAUUAGGGUACGCGAGGAUGGUAAUUUGAAUGUAGGACUGCUCGACCAGCGUAAAGCGUUGUGUUGGGUUCAGAAGUAUAUCACCGAGGUGAUUGACCCAGUCUUANNGUUUGGCGGCGACCCCAACCACGUCGUUAUUCAUGGUGUCUCCGCUGGGGCGGGCUCAGUCGGAACGCAUCUCACUGCUUUCGGUGGCAGAGAUGACAACCUGUUCUCUGGUGCCAUCGGACAAUCACCAUUCUUCCCCUGCCAGAACAACGUGUCUCAGUCAGAAUGGCAGUUCGAUCGCUUUGUUUCUGCUGCUGGUUGUGGCAAUGCUCUGGAUCAAAUGAGUUGCCUACGUGCACAGAAUCUCAGUACUCUGCAGGUGGCUAGUACUCCUUCGCCUUUUCCUGGUCAGACUAUUGAACCGCUUUUCUAUUUCCUUCCCGUCAUUGAUGGCGAUAUGAUCCAGGAAGCACCGUUUCUCCAAUUCGAAAGAGGGAAGCACAUCAAGGUACCGCUCAUGAUCGGACAAACAACAAAUGAAGGGUCUAUCUUUGGCGCAAACGCGUCCUCGCCAGCAGAAGUAUCAGCCUUUCUUGCAUCCAACUGCCCUCGGCUCCCUGCUUCCAGUNNCCUGGAGGAGGCAAACAAAUUCUAUCCUUUGAUGAAUCCACUGCCUCACCACGCAGCUUAUUUUCCCUCGGCAUCUGCUGCGAUUGGCGAAUCUACCUUCAUAUGUCCCGGCCUUCUGAUGGCGGAUUCAUUGUCAUUUGGUCAACGUAAUAGUGUCUGGAACUACCGUUUUGAUGUCUCGACCAUUGAAGAAACUGCACUUGGGAACGGUCUUCCUCAUACCUUCGAUACUCCCGCCAUUUUCGGACCUUACUAUCAAGGUUCCACAGUAGAGGCGACCUCUCAAGUGCACCCCUUCAGCACCUACGACGCAUCCAUUGUGCCUACUGAGAUGAGUUACUAUAUCUCAUUCGUGCGAAGUCUGAACCCCAACACCUUCAAAGCUGAGCAAGCGCCCAUCUGGGAACCUUUUGAAGGAAAGCAUGGGAAGCAAAGACUGUUGUUUGAGAUCAACAGCACUAGGAUGGAAGAAGUGCGCAAGGCACAACAGGAUAGGUGUGCUUUCUGGUAUUCCNNCCUAGCGGCGAUUGAUGGAGAUCGAGUAUAA